CAGCGUCGGGCUUAGCUUGAGCUGCGUCAACGGCGGGAAGCGGACAUGACAUUCAAACGGUUUCUCGACGGUUCGAGGCUCUAGACCGUCACGUGUUUGACUCCUGUCAGUGUGGGGAACAGAACUCGAGAGAACCGCGCAUGCGCCUUAUUCUUCCACGGGCAUGAGCGGCGUCUGGCGGCUCUUGCGCUCGCUGAGGCUCCGGGUUUUGGGGCCAGCGAAAGAGUAUGUCGGCGCAGACCCCCAGGGCAACAAGUACUACCGUGUCCCGAAGCACGAAACCUGGGCAGGUGAGGGGAGGGAAGGAGGCGGGGCGAGCCGGUCUGAAGGUCAAACCCGGGUUAUGUUUACGAGCCGCGCGCUCUCCUCAGAAGGUUUUUGCGUAUCCAAAGUUCCCUCUGGCCGAGCUGGAAUAACGGCCGCCCUCUCGGUCGCUCACGCGCUCCCUGGAGCCUGGCGGGAGUUGAGAGCCCGGCGUCGUCUGAAGGGCCACAGGUUCCCUACGCCUGCCUUUUGCUUCCAUUUAGUGGGCAGCAUCCUCUCUUCAAAAGCCACCUCAGUUGGGCUUUCUCCCAAGGAAUGGUGUAUAGUAUUAUUAAUCUGUAUAUGAUGGAAGCUGCCCAGAGUGGGUGGGGCGACCCAGAUGGGCAGGGCACAAAGAAUAAAUUUAUUAUUGUUGUUACUAUUAAGGCUCUGAAGACCAUUGAGAGCUAACUUAUUACAUACUUCAGUAUCCUCUGCAAAUUUUUAGGGAUCUCUGGGCUUGCUGGCAGUGAUGCAGGCAGCUGGAUUGGACUGUCACUUUAUAAAUUAAUAUUUAAUAUUUUGUUGGGAGCCGUCCAGAGUGGCUGGGGAAAUGGGCGGGGUAUAAAUAAUAAAUUAUUAUUAAUUCUUAUUAUUUCCCACAGUGCCCCAGAGCGAUACUUGGUUGGAAUUGUGGGGAAUUAAAAAGGUAGUUUUACAUUCAGCUGUCUGAUGCUGUACCAGAUCUCCAAGGUAGGCAUCGCCAGCGAGCCUCUGGGUCAUUGACAGCUGCUCAAGGAUGCCAACUGCUGACACAAACUCUGUGAAUAACCAAAGCCCCAGCCAUGUCCACUCAACACUUAAAUAGUAUUCUAUUAAAUGGGACUUAGUUAAGUGAGGCUAGGGUUGCACUAAUUUCAUUAAGAUAUUAGCCAAGUUAUUCUGUAAGUGAAACUUAGGUUUGUAUUCAACAUUAGUUCUACUCAGUUCUACUUAGUUGAAUACAACCCUUUGUAUUUACAUUUUAAAAAUCUAUUUUUAUCUACCGUGACCCUAGUAUAGUUAAAAUAAAAUUCUUUAUGCUGUUAUUUUUUCUAGUUGCCAAGAGAGCUAUGCUCUCUGAUCAGAAAGUAGCUUUACUGGAAGGUCACAUUUGAGCUAAAGUUCCAAUCAGUAAUUUACAGAUUGGGAUUUGGAGAGAGACAGUUUUAGUACAGAAGCUGCCACUUGCCAGCCCAUUGUUAGAUUUCUUUAUGUAUCUUGAACGAUGAGGCUCUUUUUCCAUGAAGUCGUCUAGAAAUAAAUGAUUAAUAAUCACAUUUUAGAAAUUAGCACUGAAAUUCUAGAUCUUUGUACAUCUAUGAUAUUUUGAGUUUACACUUGAAAAUAUGAAGUAUAUUGUGCACAUGGGCACAAGAACAGGGUCUUUUCUGCAAAGGCCACCCAAUUAUGGAAUUUAAUUGUCGGCCAUAUCAGGCCAGCUUCAUCUCUUGUGUCUUUUGAACAGGCCUGAAAGAUUCAUUUCAUUCUUUUGUCUUUUAAUAUAGGAUGAUGGUUACCAGAUUGUAGUUUUCAAUGUGCCACUUUUUUCUUAUGCUGUUUUUAUAUUUUUAGAGAUCAUUGGAUAUUUUAAAUGUAUUAAAUGUGUUGUGUUUGUAUGUUUGGUUGUAAACUGCUUUGAGAGAUAAUCUUGCCUGAAAAGCAGAAUAGAAGGGUUUAAUUUAAAUAAAUAUUAUACUGGUAUACCGCUUGGGUUGCUGUGCUUUACUGCAGCUUCCUAUUGAGUUUACACUUAGUUGGAGACCUGAAUGUCUGCGUGAAAGGACCCUACAUAGGAUUGUAACUUGUCUCAGCAUUACCUGUUCCCAACUAUGUCUGUAUGACUGCAUAUUCUCAGAUUUUUUAGCACGUUAAACUUGUUAAAAGAUUAGUUUGACAGUGAUUAAAUAAUACAAUUCCAUCAUGCUUGUCCCAAGAGAAACAUCCAGGCUAAGUCAUUUACUCUGAGAUGACUUCUGAGUUGCCACUCUUGAAACUGGAUGAGCUGGAAGGUGGGAUUGGACACUUAAGCAACCAUGAUUGAUGACUCAUUUUUAGUAUCUCAGUCAAGUAUUUCACUAAAAAGGGUAGAUUUAUCUGUGUAAUACAUUUAUUUUUUUACUGUAUAACACUGUCAGGGCUUCACCAUAGCUUUGCUACAUGAUGAAUUGCCCUUGCUAUACCAGCCUAUAUUGAUUUUCAAGCUAUUCAUAUCUCAGUAAUUACAAAACAAGUUCCUUGUACAGUUUAUGCAUUUUAUUACAACAUGCAUUCAGUGUGAAAUAACUCUUCCUAUUUGGUAAUAUGAAUACAAAAAUGGUUUGUAAUAGUAAUGAAAAAUUAUGCUGCAGCAUAAAACAUGCGAGACAUUUAAUAUCUAGCACAUAUCCUCUAAUGCAUAUUGUAAAUAUGUUUUUAAAACUUUUUUUAAAAAGUUUUGAGAUAGGUAGUACAAUAUUAAUCAAUAAAACACAUAUUCAGUAUGGCAGCUUUAAGAGAAUGAAAGUGGUGGAGGGGAAUCAUCACUGGUUUGCAACAAAUCUCAUUUCAUUGUCAUCCUUUGAACAAAGAAUCAGUGCAAGUUUAUAUAUGAAUACCAUCACUUGGUUAAACAAGAUCGAGCAGGAUUUUUCUAAAUAAGUUAUUAGCUGGCACCAUUCUUCGAGUUCUUCAUUUGAAAUGUCAAGUUUCAAAUAAUAUAAAUGUUCCCAACCUUUAAACACCAUUGUUUGUUUUUCUGACUGCCUAGAAUAACUUAUAUCCAGAUUAUGUUUUUGGCGGCUGCAAACAAGACACCUAAAAGGUUCUUGCGCUUAUAAACUGAAGUUGGCCAAUGAAGAGCAACCAAGCAGGAAUAAUAAUAAUAAUAAAUAGACAUUUGUAUACCACCCUUCAUCCGUAGAUCUCAGGGUGGUUCACAACAUAAUAUUACAAUAUAAAAAUGGCAAAAAAUAUGACAGCGUAUGGUCUUAAAUGAGUUAAUUUGGAAGAUGCUUAUUCUCACCAUCAUAAAUAUGUACUAAGAUCACAAAACUUCAAAUAUUUGGAACCUCAGUUUGUAUCCAUUUGGCAAGAGUCAGGCUUACCUCAUACAAAGAUGAGGAUGCUCAAGUUUCAGGUUCUCACACUUCCUUCUCUCCUUCUUUCUGUGACGUGCAUUUUAAUCUUGACUGAACUAUCCUGACUGACAAAGAGAAACGUCAUUUGGUCUACUUCAUAACAUUUUUUAUUAUCUCUUUCACGGUGACACAAUUAGUUUUUUUUAAAUAUGAUUCAAGGAAUUAAAUAAGAUAUAAUAUGAACCCUUAGCUUAAACGAUUUUGUGGCUUAUUGGGUCAGCUAAACAAAGCUUAGCUUGCAGCUAUAUUUAUUUGAACAGAAAAAAGCAAAGUAGUAUUAAUCAUUUUUAAAGUUUUGAAAGUUACCUAAAGACACAUGGGGUUGCUUGGAAUAUAAAGGUUACUUAAGAUCAGAGGCAAGUUUAUUAGUAACAAAUAAUCAAGUUAGUUACAAACAUGCACAUCUAGCUAUUGUUUGGUACUCUGUGGAUACACCCAAACAAAGCUAAUUAUUUUAUAUUUACAUUUGUUUAAUUUGAGCCCCUGCACUCCCUACUAGGAUGUUUUGUUGCCCUGGGUAUGGUUUGUCAUAAAAGAGUAGGAUUUUAAAGCAAAGAUAAGUAAUAAAUCAGUAGUUUCAUUGAGAUGAUCAAAGUACUUUUUUUUGUUUCUGUUUUUAAACUUCACCUUAGUUUCUGAGGCCAGGUGGGUAAAUCAAAGGCUGAAGCAAGUUAAGUUGGUGUUAGCACAUGAUGAGUGACUGUGACCAAGUAUAGAGUCAUCCAGUUUGUCAGUUAUAGUGCACCCUGGGACCAGUUUCAAAGAUUCAUUCUCCAACAGGAUGUAGUCUUUUUAUGGAGCAAUACCGGCUCCAUUUCCUUGUGGGUAGAAGGAAAAGGUAGGGUAGUCUCCUGACAUAAAAAUGUGACAUAGGUCAUCAUGCCAGCAAAUGCAACAGGAAUUUCUGUUCACCUCUUCCCCCAAUGUGUUCCCCAAAGAUACUGCAGAGGGCUGUGAGACCUGCUGACACAGAUUUAGGGGAGCAUCACAGAUGUUGCAGGGGAAGGAGAUGAAGCGGAAAUUCUAUUGUACAAGCAGAAGUCAAUUAUGCAACUAGAAUUAGUUAUUUAGCCAUUAUCUUCUGUUUUUUAUAUAUCAUAUUUUCAUGCUCUUGAAACAUACAGCAGAAAUGGCAUGUUGCAUACCAAUUCUGAGUUUCUUUGUUUCCAGUCUUCAUCUUUGGAAAAAAUGGUAAUUGAACCAGCAGAGGGAGUACUAUAGGUUUUGCUUUAGUCCUAGUUGGUUUCCUUUUGAAUAUCCUUAUGAAAAAUACAGUAAUGUUGUAUGAAUCUAAUCAAUGCCUUAAUCACUUUGGGCAAUAUUUUUGAAACUGGGUUCUGAGCAGAAGGGGUUAUCCCUAAUUGCCCAUGUCAUACUGAUAAUGGCAUAUAAACAACGAAGUUAAAAGUUUUCUAGAGUACAGUUGUGAUACUGUAAUAGAAGAGGAAGAUGAAAUGACAGGAGGACUGUACAGGUUGUCUUUUUUCUAUGUGCUGAUAGGGUCCUAAGAACUGAUACACCAUCUGUCAUGAUUUUUUGCUUUCACUACAGAAUCUAUUUGGAGUAAUUAGAGUUGUUAUCUGAAUAAGCAGCUACUUGGCUAGAUUAAGGAAGGCAGGGUCUGUUUAUAAAAGCGUCAACUACUUGUUUGCAAUUUUUAAGCUAUAAGGGUGGGUGUUUUUACAAAACUAUCAAUUCUUAGUACAUUCAUUGUCUAGUCGCUGAUAAAACUGAUUUUUCUCGUCUCCUGUCCUUCAUCCCAUUGUUUCUUUUCAUUCUUUUCAUUCUUUUUAAAUGAUGCUGUAGAUUUAUAUUAAUGUAUACAUUGUAUGCAGUAUUGAUUAGAUACUUUGUACCUCAGAAUGGGGGGGACAACGAUGACACACAGAUACUGUAUACAAUUUGUAUAAAUACUACAGUGGCAUGGUUUGUGGGAAACUACUGUAUUCUUUGAUAAAACACAAACUUGUAGAAUUUAAGUGUGGCCAGACGGCGGCAGCAUUGAUUCAAAAAGCUUUAGAUUGAUGGCUUGUCUGUGCACUCUUAUUUCCUCUUGGCAAACAAUAUUGAGAGAUAGGCCAUAUCUCCUGCCCUGUUCCAUUUUAAAGAGAGAUGCUCUAGAUUUGGAACAGUACAAAUACUUAUUUCUUUAUGAAUCACUUCCCAUAAAAUAUCUCAAAGUGAUUUUACAUUAAGAACAGCAACAAUUUAAAGUGUCACAUCAUAAUCACAAUAACAGUGUAGAAUCAUAGAAUUGUAGAGUUGGAAAGGACCAUGAGGAUCAUCUAGCUCAACCCCCUGCAGUGCAGGAAUCUUGCCCAAGUAUACAGAAUUGCAUCAAGGAAUAGAAACAGUCAAACUACAAAACACAAGAGAGUGGUAAUAAUACCAGUAUUAUCCUUGUGACAAAUUGGCUAAAACACUAACACAAUAAAGUAAAAAUUUGAAUAAUGAAUCAUGAUAGAGUGAUGUUCAUAAGGUCAUUAUAGCAAUGCCUUAUUCUUCAAGGGGCACGCGUUUCUGUAAUUUGUACUUCCUUUAUCCUCUUGUCUCAUGGCAUUUCUUUUUUAUUUUAAAUAAUUUGGUCAUAAAUUUAGAUUUCACUUACAGAUCCAAGCACUACUACCAUUUUCCCAUUGCAAAUAGAAAAAUAAGAAUUUUGUUUUAGCAGAAAUGUGCAUUGGCAGAGUACUAAAAUUGUACUCCUGUUGACCACCAUCUAGUAUUUGUGGACAGAUAAUGUGCUAGAUCUAAUUUUUUUUAAAAAAAAUGUUCCAUGAGGGUGUGUUUUUUGGAAAAGAACAGUAAAAUAGGUAUCUCUCUGUAGCACGACUUCCCCUCCCUUCAGCCUGACUUCCAUUGUUAGGGAAAAAAUAGCACCGUAGUCAUAGCAGCUAUUAAAAUUCAAAAUUGGAAACAAAAAUUGCCUCACAUCAUUCUCAUAGGAAUGCAUAUAGAGCCUUAAAAAUAGCUCUUUAAGAGUAUGAGCUACCACCACUCAUUUUGAUAUACUGUUAACAUUGAUGCCUAACAAAUUUUGAUAACUUGUUCCUGCAUCAAAACAAGCUGGCUGUUUUGUUAGAUUCUAUUUCAUGGAAAUAUUUCUUGUAUUUUAACUUCAGUAUAUAUGAUCACUCUAUUAUUUUUAAAAAUAUUUUUACUUUAAGUUGACCUCUUGUAGAGCCACACAUCUGCUCUAUGCUUUUGUCAUCCCCCCCCCCCACCAUAGGCAAAUCUGUGCUAAUAGUGGCUAAAUUAGUGUAAUAUAAUACUUUGACUUCAUGAGAACUCUUCACUGGGCAGCUUUUAAUAGUCCAAUAAAAAUCUGAUGUUUCAUCUGCAGUAUAAAGAAUGGUCAAAAGUCAGUUUUUCCUGUGAUGGGACUCUGCCUUCAAAGAACCUAGGGGUCAGCUUCUGAUUACAUAGUAUUGUAAAAAUGCUGAUUAAAUGUAUUCAUAGGAUCAUCUCAGUUCUUAACAGUGCAAAUAAAAUUCAUAAAUUAUUUUUAAGUCAGUGGUGGUAUGCAAUAAUCUUGUUUUACAAGUUAACUCUUUUUACAUUUUGUCCUUUUCUAUAAUCUGCCUCUGGGUUCUGAAACUUCAGAUCCCUUUAUUAUCUGUUUUGUGGUGCAAUAAGCAAUCUAAUAUUGUUGUUGUGUUUUGCUGUCAUAACUCUCCUUUAUCUAGUUCAGUUUUAUUUUAAAAAUUUGUACACUGCUUAGUUUCCAAAACCUAGCAACAUCAUUUUAAAGUGUGGAGGAGAAAGAGGGAUUUAAACCUUGAUUUUAAGUUUUUGCCCAAGUAAUUUCAUUAGUCCAGUAGAAUGCAUAUUUAGCUCUUGAAAACAGUAUUGCACCUCUUUAAUGAAAUACACCUAGUAUUCUGGAAUGUUAUUGUAAUAUGGUUACCCAUUCAAGUUAAUAUUAAGAUCCUAAAUUGGUAAUUUAAAAAAGUUUUCCUCAGGAAAAUAAUUUCCUGAUGUUGUUUUGAUGACUCCUACAUUUUUAUUUUUAAGUAAGGAUGUGGGAUGUAGCUGGGCCUCCAACUCCUUCAUCACCCCAGACCAAAGGCCAUGUUGGCUGAAGUCUAUUCAAGUUGGAAUCCAGCAUCAGCUGGAAAGCCAGUUCUCCAUCCCUAUUUCGAAGCCCACUUUAAGAAUACUGGCCACAAUUUUUAAUAUAUGAAGAAGCAGGCGCAGGAAUUCUGUGUGCAUUUGGGCCACAAGGGGAAAGGAGGAAGCUGAUGCUCUCAUGUUUGUUUGUAUGUCCUGCAGAGGUGUCUUGGUAAUAUGAAGAGCCAGGCAUGGGAAAGGGUAGGUUGGAUUUGGGUACCAGGAGUGGUGUUUCUUUUUGAUUUACCCUUCCUUUGCAUCCCAAUGGCUUGUUUGGAAACAAAUCCUGACUAUCAUCUGCCAGUGAGUGAUACAUAGUCUCUUUGUGAAAGUUUCACUGACAUCUGUACAGUUCUAUGCUGUGUUCUAGUUACUGAGGAAUUUUUGCCAUAGAUGUUGCACAUAGUAAUGUGGUGGAUUUCUUUGUUUUAUUGGCCCCAGGGAUGCCUUGAAAUGUGAUAAGAUUUACAUCCAGCAUAUUCUAUCUUGCUAAGGCCUGUUUGCAGUGACAGGAUUUCAAAUGGUUUCUGGAAUGCAUGCAUAAUCUGUAGCAAAAAUGGCACAGUGCAGCUGGUAUUAAUGAGCUGUGUUUACUAUUUGGAGGUUUUAAAUAAAUUAUUUCAAAACUCAAGUGUAGCUUUAAGUGCUUGCCAAAUGGCACUUUUUGUAAUUCAGAUUCCAUUGAUGGGAAUCAGGGAAAACAUUAGAAAUGAUUUCUAAAUCCCCAUUCUCUUACACUUAAAAAGAACAACACAUUUAUAAUAGCACUUUAAGUAAAAAUGGAAAGUGUCCUAGAGUAAUUUUUAUGGUGCUGAGGAGAGAAGGAGAUUGAUGUUCGGCAUGUUUGGUAUAAAUAUGAUACUUUGUAUUCUCGUGCAAGAAAAGGAAGUCAUCAAUAUCUUUUUUUAAUAGUUUAAAUUAUGGAGUAAUAUAUGAAAUUAGAACACACUAUAUGCUGCUAUUUCUCCGAUGCUUCUUUGCUAAUAUUUCAUGUUAAGUCAGUUUGAAUAUUCUCUAGUGUUCUUAUAAACGAAAUUCUCACACAAAUGUAAUUUCUAAGAAAGUUUAGUUAAUUGGAUGGAUAAAGUUGCUAAAAUGGUACAGCAGGCUUCAGUUUGUUAUUAAAUCAUUGUUAACCUGUUUUUUCAUUAAAAAGGGUCCCAGAAUGACUUGCAGAUAUCAGUUUAAUAAAACAGCUCCUGCCCUUAGGCAUACAGUCUAAAAGACAGUACACAACGGGGAAAGGGGUUGGGAAAGAGGAAGAAAAUCAAACCAACUUGGGUGUUAGAUUUUAGUUUCAAAGUUCCAGCUGGGUUAGAAACAGUUCAAGAAUUUGACUUAAGUGUUGGUCAUUUUUACUGUAUUUUAUAAAUUCAUGAUGUAUAUCACCAUGAUAUUUUUUGAAUGAGUUGUCGGGUUAGAAAUACUUGUGUACAGUGAGGGGGAAAAAUAUUUGAUCCCCUGCUAAAUUUGCCCGUUUGCCUUCUGACAAAGAAAUGACCGGUCCUGGGUUAAACCACAGAGCCUAGGACUUGCUGAUCAGAAGGUCGGUGGUUCGAAUCCCUGCGACGGGGUGAGCUCCCGUUGCUCGGUCCCUGCUCCUGCCAACCUAGCAGUUCGAAAGCACGUCAAAGUGCAAGUAGAUAAAUAGGUACCGCUCCGGCGGGAAGGUAAACGGUGUUUCCUUUCACUGUUCUGGUUCGCCAGAAGCGGCUUAGUCAUGCUGGCCACAUGACCCGGAAGCUGUACACCGGCUCCCUCGGCCAAUAAAGCGAGAUGAGCACCACAACCCCAGAGUCGGCCACGACUGGACCUAAUGGUCAGGGGUCCCUUUACCUUUACCUUUAUUGUAGCUGUGAGAGACAGAAUAACAACAGGAAAACCCCCAGAAACCCAGAAGACAAAAGUCACAGAUUGAUGUGCAUUAUAAUGAGUGAAAUAAAUAUUUGAUCCCCUAUCAACCAGCCAGAUGUCAGGCUACUUGGUAUCUUCACUGUAUGUAUUUAGCUGAGAUUAGAAGCACCUGCUGUAAGGGAGAGGUCUUACCUGUAAUCCCAGCUCAUUACAGUACCUGUACAAAAGACACCUGUACACAAAUUAGCCACCAAGACCAAGACCAAAGAAAAUAGUUGGUAACACACUACUCCUUGAAGGACUGAGAUCUUGCAGAGCCUGCAAGGUCCCCUUGCUCAAGACAGCACAUGUACAGGCCCAUCUGCAGUUUGCCAGUGCACAUCUGAAUGACCCAGAGGAGAACUGGGUGAAAGUGUUGUGGUUAGAUGAGACCAAAAUCGAGCUCUUUGGCACCAACUCAACUCGCCAUGUUUGGAGGAGGAGGAAUGCUGCCUACGACCCCAAGAACACUAUCCCCACCGUCAAACAUGGAGGGGGACAUAUUAUGCUUUGCGGGUGUUUUUCUGCUAAGGGACAGGACAUCUUCACUGCAUCGAAGGGACGAUGGACGGGAUCAUGUGUCGUCAAAUCUUGGGUGAGCACCUCCUUCCCUUAGCCAGGGCAUUGAAAAUGGGUCGAGGAUGGGUAUUCCAGCAUGACAAUGACCCAAAACCCACGGCCAAGGCAACAAAGGAGUGGCUCGAGAAGAAGCACAUUAAGGUCCUGGCCAGUUUCCAGACCUUAAACCCCUCGAAAAUCUGUGGAGGGAGCUGAAGGUUCGAGUAGCUACACAUCAGCCUUGAAAUCUUACUGACUUGGAGAGGAUCUGCAAAGAGGAGUGGGACAAAAUAUGUCCUGAGAUGUGUGCAAACCUGGUGGCCACCUAUAAGAAAUGUCUGGCCUCUGUAAUUGCCAACAAGGGUUUUGCCACCAAGUACUAAGUCAUCUUUUGCAAAGGGAUCAAAUACUUAUUUCACUCAUUAUAAUGCACAUCAUUCUCUGACUUUUGUCUUCUGGGUUUCUGGGGGUUUUCCUGUUGUUAUUCUGUCUCUCACAGCUACAAUAAACCUACCAUUAAAAUUAUGGACUGGUCAUUUCUUCGUCAGAGGGCAAAUGGGCAAAUUUAACAGGGGAUCAAAUACUUUCCCCCCUCACUGUAAGUAAAGGAGAAUCCAGGAGUCACUGUUAGCUUAGCUUAGCCAGUGGCAAGACCCUGCAGUCCCAUCAGUCCUUCUACUUUAGCCUGAUGGAAUAUACUUGAAAACUGAAUUAUGUUAGCCAGUGCUAGAGAUGAUAAAAGUCUUCAUUCAAGUCAGGUAGUGGAAUUGGCAAGUGGAAUAUCCAGAAGAAAAUUGUUCUGGGAAGACUGGAAAAAUAGAAAUAGCCAGACCUCAUAAAACAUGCAUGCAAGUGUAUGAUAACUUUAUGUCUGUCAACCUAAAAAACUUAGAUAUUAUCACAUCUGGAUUUUAUUUGCUUGCUGAGAUGACUGUGUUUACAUUAUGCCUGCAGUUUGCUUUUGCCAAGGCUAUUCACAAUUGCCUAUUAUUCUAUCAUUCAUUUGUAUACUAGUAUUACAUUUGUAUAGUAACAUUAAUUUUAAUCACAGAGUUCCAUGUUACGUUAAGCAUUCCACAUUUGUUUCUUGAGUGAGGCAUUUGCUUCCUUAAAAAAGGGGGAUAGUUGCAUUUAAGUGUUGGUCCAUUUUUUCAAAAAUGAAAUAAAAAAAUCCAUCUGUUCAUCUGUCACGUGGAUGAAUGUGCAUUAUCAUAUUUUAAAUUGACAGCUUAAUCUUUCUGUUUCUCAACUUCUACUCUGCUUUUUUUGCUACAAUUCUUACUUGCAUGCAGAAAAGGAUCAUAAACUGUCUAAAACAGCACUGUUUCUCCCCUAUCUUUUAGAGUCUUUUUUGCAACAUCUCAGUGACCUAUCAACCCAUGGAUAGCUGUUUUAAUAAAUCAGGCUUCCUCAUACUCGGCCCUCCAGAUGUUUUGAGACAACAAUUCCCAUCAUCCCUGACCACUGGUCCUGCUAGCUAGGGAUCAUGGGAGUUGUAGGCCAAAAACAUCUGGAGGGCUGAGUUUGAGGAAGCCUGCUCAAGAUGGCUACUUGUCUUUUCUUCUAUAGUCCUAGCAUGCUUGUUAACCUGCUGGUUAAACUAUUAAAGACUGAUAUCCUUCCGUAUGUGAAUGUAGUAUUUCUCUCAGCUUCCAUUGUUUGACAAAUGCAGAAUAUUUUAAUUCUUCAUAAUUUAUAUUUGCAGUAUAUGUUAGUCCUUUUUGAACUAAAUUCAGGCCACUUGCAGUGAUAUUGCAACACUGUGAAUUAAGUCUGUAUGAAAAUAAAGAGCUGUAAUAAAAUCAAGCUUGAUGGACCACACAUUCCUCAUCUUAGAAUCAGAGGAAUAUAACCUUUUGCACAUGAAAGGAGGCAGGACCUUUUAUCUAAAAAAGAUAGUUAAAACAGUAGUCCUGAUUACUGGUUUGGCCAUAUUAGGGUGGUAAAUGAAAUUGAAAUAUAGUUUCUGUCUAGUGGAGAGUUCUCCUUUACAACACACACGUGCAAUUCUGGUUCACACAGAACUUUCUCCCUUCUGUAUGUAUGCCAAAGCAAUUCACUUAGCAAAAAUCAGGAAAAAAUGAAUGUACAAAAUGACCCCUUGAAUGCUGGUGAACAAGAGGCACAAGAAAAGAAAGGGUACUCAAAUAUAAUAAGAGAGAAUACAUUAUAAAAAGGGAAAUAUAUGAUUCUGAGCCUUGGAUUCAUCCAGUGGAGAUGAGUGAUGAGUGAUGAUGAGUUAAAGAUCCCUGAAAGCUGUUAAGAACUCUUGAAAAUGAUGAGUAAAAUGUAAAGAAAUGUGCAGUGCUAUUGAAAAUUGAUGUGGGAGACAAUGUAAAGAAGUGGUGUGUGAGAGAGAAAGAGAGAUACGUUUACAGACUGUUGAAAAACAAAAACUUCACCACCACAAUGCUACAUUGGAAAUCUAGAAAAAGAGUGACCAUGGGUAACUAGUAAAACACCAACAUUGAAAUGCUGAAUGGCAUUUAGCAGAUUCUUCAAAUAAGUAUUUGAGAAGAAGAAUGUUAAUAACACCAUUCAAAGAUGUUUGAGGGCUCUUGAGAGAGAACUGAAAGAAAAAGCAUUCCACUGAAAAAAAGAAAAGCAAUUACUUGGGAAAUGGAAAUAUCUAUGUAGUGAAGGGUCAAGGCCAAAUUAACCAGUAACUUUAUUGCUAGUGAGAAAGGAAUGUAUUUGGGAAGAGUUAAGUAUGGGAAGGCAUGCUUCAUGUACGCACAGGGGCUACCAAGCACUCCAACAAAGGCUUUGUUGCCUCACCAGUGGUAACAACUUUAUUAGCGAAUACAUAUUUGUUUGCAAAUACAUUUGCUUGCCAAGAACUUUUAAUACUCAAAUGUCCCUUUUUCUAGUUUUUCUAGCUUAUGCAAAUAAAAUAUUUUCUCAGGCAGAGGCAGUAUACUGUUUGUGAGCCUUCUUCACAAGAAUGGAGCUCUUCAAUCCCAAAACAACUCUUUUUUUGCAGAGGCCAUUGCUUUAUCUAAUUUUGCUCACAUUCCUCAAUAUGUCACACACUUUGGCUUAGAGGAGCUAGCACAAAGGUGUGAACUAUAGUACCACGGUCAGUUUGCCAGAUUUGCAAAAUAGCAGCAGGAAACUGUCUGCAGAGAUGGCUUUCCUCUCAUGAGAGUUCUAGCUUCAAAAGCUGGGUUUCAUUCAACAGUAAAUGGGUAUUAGCUGGAAGGAGAGAUUGAACGCUUUAUAAUUGGAAUAGAAAAAGAGGGCAGUUGUGCCCUGGAGAAAGUGAGGUGCAUGGAAAUAAUAUGGAGUACAGUAUUAGGGUGAAGUUUAUUGUGAAACUUGGUAGAGUUGGGAAGACGAGUCUUGGGUGGAGCUGUGAACCAUUUCUGUUUCAUUUGUCUUUGGACCAAACUGUAUGUUGCAUCAUGUUAAGUGUACUUAAGAUCUGAACCAGGGGCUUGCACCAGUUUCCCUCUCAAUCACCCUCUGCCCGAUCUAUUUGUUCCCAAAGGUGUCGUUUAUUGCAAAUAUGGUGCAUGGUCAAAUGGUUCUGGGGUGGCAUUUUUAAUUUGGAGAUGCACAGAUUUCCAUAGAGCCAUACCUACCUUGUCUUCAAAAUAAGCCAGUUUCAGCGUGCUUUUGAAGAGGUGUGAGUAAUGUAAUAUGUAUUUGGUCCUUUGUCUCAUUCAGGGAUUCGGCUCUUUUCUAUCAAAUUUUACUUUGCUCUUUAUGUUGUUACCUGUGAUAUAGAUUUUCUUUUAGUCUACUGAAGUAGAGUGUUAGUGCAGUAGUUUUGUGUCCUCUCUCACUCUGGCCACUUUCUAAACAUGUAAGGAGUAUAGCUUCUUUGGUAAAAUUUGCUGACUUAAUUGUGUUUCCAAUUUUACGUUUAGGCUAUACCUUUUUUAUUGCUAUCUCCUAUUACAGUACAUAGUCAAAAUGGAUCUUUGUGCUGAGAGCCUAUGAUUAUUCAAAAAUCCACAGCUGCUGACAAAGCACUGCAAGGGAUCAGAUUCAGGCUGCAGAACAUAUCAUGCUCUGAUGCUCCUGUAAAUCAAUAGAGCGGUGUGUUCUUCCCUAACGUUGGCUACCCAGAACCACUUCUGAUAUGUAACCUGCAACGCCUGUAUGAAUGGUAAUCUUUAUGAAGCCCCACACAUAAUGUCUAUGAAAUAAGAAUUAUUAAUCUGAACAAGGUGUUUUCUAAAGAACAGUAAGAAAUUUAAAUGCAUAGGAGGUGGAUUGAAUAGAAAAGUAUACUAGGAGAAACUUGCAUCGAUUUCAAGAUGAGGUUGAAAGUACUAGUGGGGUAAGACUGAAGGAAAUGCCAAUAUUGAUUUGCUUUUGGAAAACAAAUAAUUAACUGUCAAGUUGUCCACUGGGUGAUCUAUUUAAUAUAUUUUUCUUAUAUUUUAAUUCACCCUCUCCCAUUGUACAGGUGUGCUCACGUAUACAUAAAUCUGCAAAUAUUAUGCACAAAGAAAGAACUGUAGGUUAUUAAAUGGUUAUGCUUUUCAUCUCAAGUUGCACAUAUAGAUUUACAAGUCUGAAGAGGAUUAAAUACUUGAAUUAACCCCGUUUAACAGUGCAAUCCUAGGCACAUCUACUCAGAGGUAAGGCCCAUUGAAUUGAAUUGGGAUUCUUCCCAGAUAAGUAAGAAUAUGAGUGUGUCCCAAGAUUUAUUGUCUGAAAUGAGACUAAAUUCAGUCCAUGCAUUUUUAAAAAUCUUAACUAAGCUGAAGGGGUAUGGGUGCUAUGCUUAAUCCCCCCCCCCUGCUUUCUGCUACUACCUAUAUUAUACUUGUGACUUCUUACCAAGGAGGAUAUAUAUGCCUCUGUCAGAAAGAUUUCAGGUUGUAUAUGAUGAGUUCCCAGAAGUUCUAAGAAGUGGUAGGAUAUUAUACGUCCUUUAGAGGAAGAAGCACCCCAGAGAAUUAUGAAAUCGCAAGGCAGGAGUCCAUUCAGAGAAAGAGGAACUCCCAGAUUAACUCUGCCUCAUGCAGCAAUAUACAAGACUCCUUAAGGCUUCUAUGUUAAGUGUGGGGCUUGAUCUCUUUUUAACCACUGCAGCAAGUAUUCUCCCAUCAGAGUUUGUAGGAGGCGUAACUGACCUUCAGGUUUUCUUUUUGAGGAAGAUCAAUCAUCAAACCACUAAAUUGGAGGAGUCUUCAAAGCUGUCUAGUCCAAUCGUUGAUCGGGUUUUCCAGCACUUGAUCUGAAAGUCUUGCCAGUAUUCAGUCUGUUCACCUUCAGAAUAAAUCCAAGACAAUGAAGUAAUUCAUGCAUUAUUGAGAUAAGGGAGCAGAAAGAACAGGUCCCCUUUCUGCAGUCUUGACAGAGACACCACCUGUGUUCUUCUUCUUCUCUUGCAGCUGUUGUUCAAAGUGGUCCAAAAGAUUUGAUAAUUACCCUCACAGGGCGUAAGAAAACCAUGGUUCAUGGAACUGAUAAACAUUUCCUUGUGUAUGUUUUGGUGGCUCCUAAAGAUAGUAUAUUUCCUUAAUCAGGGGAUGCCAUUGCACUUGAGGUCAAAAGUGGCCUGUGUGCCAAAGUAUAUGCAACCAUAACCGUUUAACUCUGCUCUUGACUACAGCCUCCCUCACCUCACCCCAUUCUCAUUUUCUACACACACACACACACACACACAGACACACUUUGUCAAGGGCACAAGGGACCCUAGGUACACCUCUGCCUCCGGAGCAGGAGAAAACAAGCUUGUUCUGUCUUCCAUGUGACACCUUAUCCAGGCUAAACAUCCUCAGCUCCCUCAACUGUUCCUCAUAAGGCAUGUUUUCCUGACUCUCGUACAGAGAUUCUCCACUUUGACUUUUAGUAGGGUUCUAUCUGAAAUGGAUUUUUCUUCAUACAGGCAUGGAGAGCCUGCUUGUGUCAUUUAAAUAAGGUUCCCUAAGUAAAAAGAUCUCAGAUGGUUGCUAUUCCUCACAUCUUUUCUACUGCUAUUUUCUUCUUCUGUAUGGAGUAAAUUGUUGCUGCUACUGAACAAAAGGUUACUUUGAAGCAUAAUCAUAUCUGAGAACACCUCUCUCAGAUGUUGCUUCAUAUGGAUUAGGAUACAUCUCAGGGCCAUCCCAGUUAUCUACUGUAGUUUUCGCUCUAUAGGACACACUUUUUCCCCUUCAAAAAUGAAGGGGAAAUGUGUGUGCGUCCUAUGGAGCGAAUGCAGGGGGGAGGCAGGCAGGAAAAGCCCCCAAAAGCCGCACACAAGCUCCGCGCGGCUUUUGCGGGCUUUUCCUCAGGAGGGAGAAGGGACUGACAUGGCCAGUCAGUCCCUUCUCCCUCCUCAUAGAAAAGCCCACAGGAGCCGCGCGCUCCUUAAAGGGUGCACGGCUCCUGUGGGCUUUUGGGGGAGGUGGGGGUAUUGCCAUAGCCGCGCGCAGCCUCUCCCUGCCGGAGAGGUUGCGCGGAGCUAAAGAAUCCAUAGCCCCGUUCAGCCUCUCCCGGCUGGAGAGGUUGCGCGCGGCUAUGGCAGAAGCCAAGACAGCGAGCGGGAUGCAUCCCGCACCCUGCCUUGGCUUCUUUGCUCGUUGGGGCGGGGGGGGGAGAACCCGGGCUUCCCCGGCAGCCCCGAGAAGCUCGCGGAGCAGCAGGAAGGCUGUGCACCUUUCCGCUGCUCCCCGACCUGCUCUUUGGGGCUGGCAGUGGGCUUUUCCCCGCCAGCCCCAAAGAGCAGGUUGAAAGGAACCCGAAGCUUCCAGAGCGCAGCGGGAACUCCCGCAGUGCUCCGGAGGCUUUGGGUUGCCUUCACUGAAGCCUGGAGAGUGAGAGGGGUCGGUGCGCACCGACCCCUCUUGCUCUCCAGGCUUCCAAGGUAGCCGCCUGAAGGUGACUGAACACACCUUGAAUGGCACCUUGUUUUAGAGGGGGAGAACAAGGGGAAAAAAUUCUCCCCCUCUCUGCGCAGUGCCUCCUGCCGCUUCGCUGAAGGGGCGCUGGGCAGAGAGGGGGAUAUUUUUGUUGUUGUUGUUCUCCCGUCUAAAACAAGGUGUGUCCUAUGGUCGGGUGCGUCCUAUAGAGCGAAAAAUACGGUAAAUAUGAUGUCCUGCCACUCCAUUGAAUGUAAAUUAUGUUCAGCAGUGCUGUUCUGGGUGCCGUCUUUGUGGGCGAUCUUAGGCUACAUGCAGUGUUAGAAACAGAUAUGAAAGCUAGGAGCUAAAUGACACCUUAAAUCUAUGUUAUGGGCGCAACAAUGGAAUGUCUAGGCACGCUUAUUUAUAACAAUACAACAAAGCUGAAAAUGAAUGAACUGCAGCUAAAAUUAUGUUCAUUUUUCACAUGGUCUAAUCCUUCCCCUGCCCAGCCCCCUAAUAUUCUUAAGAGGGUCUCUUCUCCAGUCUUCAGAGAGUAGCUGGAAGUGGAAAGACAGAAAAAGCUCCUCCUUUCCUUCCACUCUGAAUUUUAAUCAGGAAUCUUAGGUGCAGUAUUGCACCCAGAGCUCAGAAACUGCUCGCGCUAAUGAAAUUCCUUGUCUCAAAAUGCUCCUAGAACAAUGGGAAUUUCAAACACUGGCUACAUGUGAGUAUAUCUUCAUGGUAGGAUUGUCUGAUACCUUAAGAAGAUUAGGUGUGUUCUGGCUUAGGGGCAACACAGGAGAGAGUCAGUAGUUUUGUUUCCAUACUUCCCUACAUGCUGAGCUGUGUAAAUGAUGAAGCAAUCAAAGAAAGGCAUUGCAAUCUCCCUGCAAUGAUUGUGGCAAAUCAGGUACUGAGUAAAAUCCUCUUAUUUGUGGUCUGGGACUGCCAACUGCAGUGCAAGGGUGAUGGGCUAUGUCUGCUUCAAGGUCCAGUAAUUUGACAGAUUUAAGGGGGGGGGAGUAUUUUAACUUGCAAAUUGCUGUGCAGCAGGAAUCAUUUGAACCUUCUCUAAAUUAAUUUUAAGUUUCACAUGUGGAUAAAAAAGUGCAUCUCUGUGUGGGAGUAAGAACUGAGUAUGUUGCAUGUGAUAGCUGAUGUAUCAUCUCAAAUCCCUGUGAGGCAUGGAAGCCUUUUCACCUUUUAAAAGAAAACUACAGAGAAGCAACUAAUCCAUGGUUUCAAAUACAGCUAUUAGCAGAGCUGGAAGUAAAAUGGAAUCUCCUGAGGCCUUUCCCACAUGGCUGUUAAAAGCAACACAAUGGAAUGAAAUAAGUAUGAAGAACUUGCUGUGAUUCCCACGGUUGGUGAAAUUUCUUGUACUGAGUAAGUGUGUGGGGGUUCAAACACUAAAAAUGAGCUUUAAUAUUUAAUCAUCUGUUCUUCUUCUGAGACCUAUACCUGAUUUCUUUAAGAUGUAAUCGAGAAGAAAUUAUUAUUUCUAUGGUUCCACCAUUAAAUAUAUACUGACAAUAUAGGCAUAUUCAUGUACCAGGAUGCUAGGAACAAGGUAUAAAAUGUGGAAACUGUCCUUAAACCUUGUUUAUAGUUGGAAAUGAUAAUUAUCAGAUUAAGUCAAAAGUAGGCUGAAAUGUUAGCUUUUGAGGAAGGAUUCUAAUGAAUGGAUGAGGUAGCACUGUGCAAAUGUCCAGGGAGGGAGUUCUGUGCAAGGGAGAAUGGACAAAGCAGGAUAUACAGAUUUGGUUGGUUGAGGAUGGAGGAGCAGUAGAAGUCAAGGUAAGGACAUAAUGUAAAAAAGGGUAAAAUGAUACAUUGUUCCAAGGCUGUGGAGAACUUUAAGGUAGAGACAUUGGGUUUGUGGUAGAUUUAAUUGGGUAUGGAAAACAUAUCCUCUUUGGAAGAGAAAAGGAUAUGGAUGUGUACAGGCCAUCCCCUCUUCUAACCCUCCCUCCAUCUAUUGGAUUUCUGGUUGCUCGAAUACUGGGCCAUCAGGCCUGGUAAUGCGGUUACUUGAUGCCAGCUUGGUUCAUAAUAAGACUUUGAUUGCAGAUGUGGGAGUGCUGAAACCUGCAUGGAUGAGCUUAGUGUUUAGGGAUGUUUUUAAUAACUGAUGUUGUAAUGUAUUUUUAACCUUCUGUUGGAAGCUGCCCAGUGGCUGGGAAACCCAGCCAGAUGGGCGGGAUAGAAAUAAUAAAUUAUUAUUAUUAUUAUUAUUAUUAUUAUUAUUAUUAUUAUUUUGAUCUGACUCACUCAGCUUUGGGUACUGAGUGCAAUCCAGGGUUGGCAGUGCUAUGGCCUAUAGAUUGCCAUUUUAUAGUCAUACCUCAUGUUACAGAAGUAACGGAAGUAACAGAAUGGAUUACUUCUGGGUUUCGCCACUCGCACAUACGCGCAAAAUGACAUCAUGCACAGAAGCAGUGAAUUGUGACACGCACAGACGUGGGUUGCGUUCUGUUCAGGUUGCGAACAGGCCUCUGGAACGGAUCCUGUUCGCAGCCAGAGGUACUACUGUACUCACCAGAAAGUGCGCCUGCAAUGGGAGGGAGUUUGAAAACCUGCACCUGGUGCUGAGAAAAAAGACAGAUUGGAAUUCCUGUUGGUAUAUUUCUUACUCUGCUGCCUGACAGCUUCCCUGACCAAGGUAACUGUGGUGGUUGUAGUUGAAUAACAUCUGAAGGGUAUCACGUUGGUUACCCCUGAUCUAGACCCAUUCCUGUCUCCAUCUCAGUUCAGACUCAGUUUGGGGAUGAAAUUGGUCUUUGUCACCUUGAUGGACUACCUUGAUCAAGAGAGGAACAGGGGAGUGCCACCCUAUUACUUGCUCUCUCAGUAGCUUUUGGUGCUACCAACUAUGGAAUCCUUCUGGACCAGCUUUGUGAGGUGGGAGCUAGGGGAACAGUGUUGCAGUGCUUCUGCUCAUGCUUUUGGAGAGUAGCAUUGGUUAAGUGGCAGUUAUGCUGUGGAGUGCCCCAAGGUACUAUUUUCUUCCCAGUGCUGAACAGCAUCUAUAUAAAGCCACUGUGUAUAGCCAUUGGGAGAUUUGGGGCAAGGUGUCCCAUCUUAAUACUUCCCUUCCAUUUCAUCCUCAGCAUUACCCCCCCCCCCCCAUGCUGAUUUCUCUGAUGACAUCCUGUUGCCAUUUUGGGAAUCAGGGUGGAGAAGUGGUAGUAAUUGUUCAAACAAAUGGUGUAUCAUGCAAGCCAAGACUUGAUCCCAGUGAUUCUGUGUUACUCCCAAGUAACCAGUCUAUUAAAAUGGUAUGUCUUAUGUGUGGUAAAAUCUUGGCAAUUACCAUUUGUAUCUUUGCAUUCUGUAAUAAAAAUUGAAAAGCAGAGAACAUGCAGGGGAUGGAUGGGGAGGGAUCCAGUGAGCAGUAUCAGCAUUGUUGAGAAGAUAUUUAAAGUCAUGCACAGCUGCUGGAGGGAAAAGUAAUAAGAAGAAAGAAGGGAAAACAACACUUUGCAUAUUUGGGAUUUAAUAUCCUUGGAGGAAGAGACAAUCCAUUCUAAAAUAAAAUAUUUCACUUGACAUAAUAUGCUCUGUCUCUUAUACAUUUUCUUUAAGCUAUUGUAAGAAAUAGCAGCUUGAAUAGAAAAUUGCCAUCUUUUAGAGCCGCCCAGGAGAACAAUGAACAGUUAGAACUAUGAGCUAGCGGCCCUCUCUCCCUCUCUUUUUAGCAAUUUAAAUUAAUUUUUAUAUUUUUGUAUUUUCUCUUCCAUCAACACUUAAUUAAAAAUAAGAUUUAUAUCAAAGAGGAGGAGGCAGCACCCUUUCAAAACUAAACUUUUCCUACUCAACUGUUUGACUGUUUUGACACCAUUGAAUCUUUUUAAAUUUUGCCAAGCUAAUUUCUGGAUUUUAAUCAUUGCAAGAUUCUGGAAAAUGAACAGUGACAACAAUAGAUAAAACAUGUAGCUUAUCUGAAAAGCAUAAAAAAGCCCACUGAACAUCUUUUUUAUUCUCCUAUAUUUCUGAAUGGAAUAAAAUUUGCAAUGUAGUUUAAUUUUGUAUUGCUUUUUAAAGGACCAGAUAUUGUUCAUAGCUUCUUUUUAUAAAAAAAUUAACUCUUUGAAUACUAUGCAAAAAUUUUUUUUACCUGUCCUAAACUGAUAUAUGCUUUAUGUGAGCUAGUUCUGUUUUAGUGCCCCUUAAAUUCAAACAUGAGAAAAUUGCAGAAAUUUACAAUUCAAUGCGCGUUUCAUCAGGGAGGAAUCCACAGAUUGUUUUGACACUCAGUUACAAAUUCAGCAUGAAGAUGGACGUCUCAUGAAAUUUGCAGCUGCUGAUUGAAUUUAUAUUUCCAUAAAGCCCAUCAACAGUUGCAGCCUGAAGGGAAGUGUGGGGGGGAAAUGACAAAAAUUGUGAGGCUAGCAUUUUUCUUCAGACUUAUAAUGACAAAUUACUUGUAAUAAGGUCUUACACUGACCAGGAUUAAACGAAAAAUAUAGGCAGCCAGAAGGGAAUGAUUCUACUCCCCCCUCUCUAAUUGAUUUGAACUAAAAAUGUCUAGAGUUGAUAUCUAAAUAUAUGUUUAGUCAUCUGCAGAGUGUGCGAAAUGCAUCCACAAAUCAGAAAUGUUCCAACACUGAAAAAUAAGGCACUUGCAGGUAAUUAUAGAGGAUUUAUCAUACAGGUAAUCUUAUUUUGUAAUAACCUCCCAUUCUAGAAGAUGAAUGUUAUGCUCACAUAAAAGUAGGUCAUCUUCAUUAGGUUAUAGGACACCCACCCCCCACUGUGGUCUUCUUCCUCUCAGCUCUGAAAUUGGUUUUUCUGCAGAGCAAAAACAAUGUAUGUCUAAAAGCCAUAAACCAAGAAGAGACUGCUCUGACAUUCAAAUACACAUAAAACAAUUAGUGAAUUAAAAAUAAUUGUACAGAUUUAUUCUUGUUUUAAAAUGUUAAACGUGAAAUUUUGAUCCUAUGUUUCCAUAGAGAGAAAGGGAAAAAGUUAAAUGUUUUAUUAGGUGUUGGGUUUUAUGGCUAUAAUAUUGUCGUUAUUAUCCUUGAGAGAAUAGAACUCCCUUAAUAUCCAAGUUUCCAAAAAAAUUGCUUGUCUCAAGACUAUUGGAAAGUUAAACAUUUCAGGACUAUAGCCAUUUCAUUUAAUUGCUAAGGGAUUUACAUGUAUAUUCAUGCAUAAUUUGGACAUUCUCAUCAAGCUAUACUCUCAGGACUUUAAACUGAUCAAUUGAAUUUGUCCCACCCUAUCCUGAAGACAUGAGGCAGGUAAGCCUACUUACAGACAGGUAGCUCGUAGCACUAACAUAAUUGCUGUUUCACUGUUACCUACAAACAAAAUUGCAAUUUUCCACACUACUGGGAAUAUUGCAUCCCCACAUCUAUAUCUCAUUCAUACCAGUGUAUAUGAUAUAGUGGCUAUGAUGCUGAAGAGUAAGGUCCAAUUCAGCUGAGCAGCCUUUUAGGGGAGGGAGGGAGAUUCCAAGGGAUAUCUCUCCCUCCCUAUCUCUCUGUGUGUGAAUGUGUGUGUAUAGUUUGAAAGUGUUUAAUUAGAACAGAGCUUUCCAAACUGUGUGUCGUGACACAUCAGUGUGUUGGCUGCAGUGUGUAGGUGUGUCACACGAAUACUCCUUGCACUCCUCCCAGGGCUGGAAAGGGAUUAGUUUAAUCUCUGGUUUGCUAGUAAAAAUGAUAAAUGUCUAAAACGCGUAUCACCAACAUGAAACGUUUGGAAAGCUCUGAAUUAGAAAUAUAACAACAAGCAAAAUGUGACAGCAAACUGAGCUCUCAGAGCUGCUGGGCUGUUGCAGCAGUGUCAAAGGGUGGGGAGGGAGGAAUUGGGGUUAGUGGUAGGCAAACCUCCUGCAUGGACAACUCAGGCCAGCAAGGAAGCGACUGACCCAGGCAAGUGGGUGGCCCUGGCAAACUGUGGAGGUUUGACAAAGUCUACAGGGAGGGAUGAAGUGUGGUUGUGAUGAGUUCUAGUAGGUGAGAGGUGGCUUUGGCAAGGAAUAAGGUGAUGAGGUAGUUUUGUUGAGUUUUAGGUGUCUUUGGUGAGGUAGAAAGGAAGGGGAUAGGCAGAGUUGGUAACUGAAACAAUCAUGGACACAGCCCCUGGUAUUGAAUAUGAAUGUAAGGAACAGAGAAGAGAUUGCGCUAUAGGUUGAGGGAGGGUUUCAGAUGGGGGUACCCUACCUGCACUAAGUGAGGGGCCCACAUUGACCCCCCAGGAAUACCAGACCAUCUCUCCUCCAAAUCUAACUAAGAAGAGGUUACAAAGGUUUAGGAAGAUGUUGAGGCUGGACUUUUUCUAGUUUUCAAGGGCAACCAUCUUGAAUAAGAUGUGUGAUCUGAUUUGUUCUUCUGUGCGAAUUAUAAGGAAAGAGUGCCCAAUGGGUCUGUGGAAAACAUGAAUUGGAUAAUGAAGAGAGCAAUUUCUCAUGUGCCCAUGCUUUUAAGCUUUGUGUGGGUUAAAUCACCAUUUUCUUGUGUCAUGCAUGUUUUGGCCCUCAGUUGUGCUUGGUGAGUUAUAAGAAGCCAAUGCAGAUCUCUCUAGGAGCACUGAUAUAAUGACUAAAUGACUAAACAACAACAAAAGUGUGUUUCAUACAGAAGCUAUGGUUUCUAAUCGGAUUACAUGGACAGCUGUGCCUAACGUGCAUUACUUUAGUCUUGAGGCAGAAUUUGUGGUGAGCAGAAAAAUUUGGUUGGCUACCAAGGGACCACUGUACAUCAUACAUGCACAGGUUCUUGAAGCCCUAGCAUUUCUGAGAUGAUUUCACAUGCUCAUAUCUGUUUCUCAGCAUUCUUUUUAGAAGGGUUAGAAUAUAUCCAAGGACUAAACAGACUGCAAACUCAAAAAUCUUAUUAAUCUUUAAAUACCUGCAAAUUGGAGCAAACACUGGCAGUGGAAGUAAAUUGACAAUCUUUGAAAAAUGGACUGGCUGGCAGAAGCAUGAUAUAAUUAUUUAUAAAAAUUACUUGCUCUAAAUUAAGAAUGAUUAUGUUCAGUUGUACCGUUAUGCAACAAUUCAUAUGGUUUGCAAUGGUAUGUUGAGCAGAGGACAGUUUUCAUUAUGGAUGAGAGCUGAAAUGAGUUUCAAAGAAGAGCAAUUCCCAGGUGGGUUUUAAGUCUGAUCUCUCUAGAGUAUUUUCCAGCAUUCCUCAGUAUUAAAUCCUCACAUUUUAACUACAAAGAGUGUUGCUAAAAAUGAGAAAACUACAGAACUAAUUAUUCUGCCUGUAAAAGAAGGGAGGUCAACAUACAGGUAUACUUCAGUCUCUUAAAUAAAGCAACAUGAGCACCUUAAGCCUGAAAUGUCAUUUUCUACUGCUCUGGCUGGAUAGCUUCCCCACCAACAGGAUCCAGCAGAGCUUUGAAUGCACCAUUGGCCCCAAUGUUCCCUGUUGCAGUUAGGAUUGUCCUGUAAAUCUCUUCUUCAAAUAAAAUCGUUAUAAAAUAGAAAUAAGUAGGUGGAAUAUAACUUUCUUUCAUUCAUUCUUUUAAAUUUGAAAGAAUAUUUAUUUACAUUUAUUUAUUUUAUUUUUAUUUACUUUUACGUUUAUAGCUCACCUUUCCUCCAAGGACUGCAAGAUGGUGUACAUUGUUUUCUCCUCCCCAUUUUAUUUUAACAAUCCUGUGAGAUAGGUUAAGCUGAGAAUGAGUGGCUGGCCUAAGGUUAUCCAGUGAGCUUCCUGGCUGUAGCGAUUUGAACCCUGCUCUCCCAAGUCCUUAGUCCAACACUCUAACCAUUAUACCACACCGGCUCUAAUGAACAUACUGCAUUUUGCAGUGGCAUUUCAGACACAUAAAAUUACAGGAAAUAAUCAGUUGGACAAAUUGCACAUAGCAUUCCUUCAAAAAUGUGCAACAUAUGUAUUGUUUCCCUUUUAGAUUCCCUAUAUGCCAAGAAUAGUCCUUACAAUGGUUGAAGUUAAACCAGCAUUUAGAGUUCCUUCUUGAUCAGGAUUUGUUAACCAUCUAGUUAACAAAUCUGUGUGAAGAGGCAACAGUUGUCAACAUUAACUGUAGUUACAUUUUGUGGGGAGGGGUUGAGGAAAAUUCAUACGAGAGGAAGAGAGUGGUGAAGAGAAUGGUGAGGUGGAAGAUUGCUACGGACAGCUGGCAUUUUUGGUGCUUGAUUUUUCAGUAAUACUGAAUGUCUGUGAUAAUGGUCCUGAAAGGAAUUUGUGUAACACUGUCAUUGUGGUGACAUGGCCUGAGUAUGUGCAGAGAUCUGAAUUCAAAUCCUGUUUUAUUCCAUGAACUUUGCUAAUUGGCUUUGGUUAGAUCAGUGCCUCCAUUCUUCUUCAAAGCAUUUAUGCCAGGAAUAAGUGAAAUAACUGCUUUAAAAUUAGUAACAAAUUUGGUGGUUUCUAUCCCAAAAUGCCUUAAUCUUGAAAACUAGAAAAAAAAAUCCUACUGCCAGACUUAGUUUAACUGCAGGAGUUUAAUCUAAGGAUAAUAUUCAUCUCUGUUUGAUUUUGGAGAUAAAUAUUUCAAUAAGAAAUGAGUUGAAGAGCAUGUAUUUUCAGCUAUUUGAAUGAUUAGAGUUAAUUAUGUAUCUUGUUAAUUGGUAUAUAGUAGCACCUUUCCUAUGUGUCUAUUUUGUUUGAGUUUUAAUUGCAUUUCUUAGUCUUCUGUAGCAUGUCUCAUGUGUUUAUUUUGGAAAUGAAAAUAAUUUACUGGCCUUGUGACAACAGUGGUUCACGUGACAACAAUUUCAGAAUAGUCAUGUUAGUGUGGUGCUACACAAUCAAAAACAAAAACCCCAAGGAGUCUUAUGAUACUGUAAAGACCAACACACCUAUUAUGGCAUAAGCAUUUGUGGCUUAAAGUCAGCUUCAUCCAGUGUAGGAAAGUUUAUGUCAUAAGGAAUUGGUUAGUACCUAAGGUACCGCAGGGUUUGUAAUGGCUGAAUAAAAAGCGUGUCUAUGUGAUGGGAAGCAUCCAAGAUAGGAAAAGAGCUGUUGCUCAGGUAGCUGUACAGGACACACUGGUGACCUGUGGCAAUAUGAGGAGAUACACUCAGUCUCCACAAGCUGCUUGAGUAAUCUUUAUACUCGCAUUAUGAGUGUGCUAUACUCCAGAGAUAUGGUCCUCCCCUGAACUUCCCAGCAGGGGCAGCUAGUACAUUUGUGGGAUCCAGUCCCUUUCUUCCUGUUGCUGCUGCUAUUUGAAAGGAAAUAAUCUUCCUUUCCCCCGUUCCAGUCAGUGACAAGUUGUAUCUGGAGCAAGUGCUGGGAAACAUGCAGCUCUCAUAGCCGCCCCAUCCUCUGAAAUUAGGAAGUCUAUUUACAUACAGCAUUUGCACCCUGCUUUUGAGCUCAAAGGGCUCUCAGAGCAGCUUACAAAAGUCACUACUAAGACUUUCUCCUUCCCCUCAGGCUCAUAAUCUAAAAAGACAGUUCAACUAAGUCAUUGUGCAUGUGGAAACAUUUGCCUUGCCUCAGUAAUAGACUGGAUGUGAGCCAACAAACUAAAGCUCAAUCCAGAUAAGACUGAGGCACUGUUAGUGGGUGGUUCCCUAGACCAGAUGGGUGGGAGGUCACCUGAUCUAGAUGGGGUUACACUUCCUUUGAAGGAGCAGGUUCAUGGCCUGGGGGUACUCCUGGAUCCUUUGCUGUCACUCGAGGCUCAGGAGGCCUCAGUGGCCCAGAGUGCCUUACAUCAGCUUCGGCUGGUGGCCCAGUUACUCCCCUAACUGGCAAGGAUAGCCUAAAUACUGUUGUCUGUGUUCUGGUAACAUCAAGGUUAGAUUACUGCAAUGUGUUAUAUGUAGGGCUGCUUCUGAAGACGAUUUGGAAACCAGCUAGUGCAGAAUUCAAUGGUCAGGUCGCUCACCAGAGCAAGAUAGUUUGAACAUAUUAUACCAAUCUUGGUCCAACUGCUCUGGCUACCAAUUCAAAGUGCUGGUUUUGACCUAUAAAGCCUUAAACAGCUCAGGACCACAAUGCCUCAAGGACUGCCUCUUCCCAUAUGAACCUCCAGACCCUGAGAUCAUUUACUGAGGCCCUUCAUUGUGUGCCUCCUCCUCAAGAGGUUUGGAAGGUGGCAACAUGAGAACGGGCCAUCUCUGCAGUGGCUCUCUGUCUGUGGAAUGCUCUCCCCAGGGAGGUUCGCCUGGCGCCUUCAUUAUACGCCUUUAGGUGCCAGGCAAAAACGUUGCUUUUUAACCAGGCUUUCGAUUGACAUCCUAUGCCCUUUUAAAAUGUAGCUCUUUUUUGGGAGGGGUGUGUGUUAUUGGGUUGUUGUUUUUAUUUUGAUUUUAUAUAUUGUGGUUUUUAUGUUGAUCUUUUCUGUAAACCGCCCUGAGACCUCCGGGUAUAGAGCGGUAUAUAAAUUCAGUAAAUAAACAAUAAUAAUAAUUGUCAUAACUUUAGGAGGAGUUAAUACAGUUGCAUUUUCCUUAGUUCAUUUGUAAAGCAGAUAAUGUUCAAACAGCAUGACACUCUUUACAAAGCAACUUUCUCUUAGACAUUUAUAAAUAAUACAUAACUUCAUAAAAUAGAAUUACUUAGUGCUUUACACUGUUGACCAGAUAAAUAAAACACUCAGUGGGAAGCAGAAUUUGGCUGCUUCUACCCAAAAUGUUCCUUAAGGCAAGAUACAGUCUAGCAGUGGUGCCAUACCUUGACAAUGAACCAAACAGAUCACACAUCCUUUCAUAUGUUUUGUUAAAAUUGUAGCUCUUGGAGGUAGGGCUAUAGAAGUGGGGUGAGAUUCAUAGAAUAAUAGAAUUUAGUAAUCUAGUCCAACCCCCUGCAAUGCGGGAGUCUUUUGCCCAAUGUGGGGCUCAAACCCAUGACCCUGAGAUCAAGUGUCUCAUGCUCUUCCAAAGUCUAUCAAUCUCUUCUAAUUUACUUCCAAAACAUUUAAUAUAUGUGACUUCCUCCUAAAAGGCUGUACAAUUGUUUCCCUUUAAAUCAAUACUAGAAUGAUACAGUGCUUUAAUUAUUUUAAUAGUGCAGUUCAUUUACAAUUACUGAAAAUAUAUAGAGUGGAAGAAAUUAUCAAGUACUGUAUAAAGUAGAGAAAUAACACCCUCCUUUCCCUUUUCUUUUAAGUGUAAAAAGAAGUGAGAUGUUAAUGGGUCACUCUAAGGCUGCAAUCCUAUGCACACUUACCUGGUUAAGUCCCAUUCAGUACAAUAGCAAAUAUAAACUUGCAUGGAAUUGAAAUCUAAAGGGCUUUUUAAACCCUGCUCUGAGUUGAAAUCUUCUUGUACUGUUUUUAGUCAAUCUAUUUCUGAAGUCUAAAGUGUAGCUCCAUUUCAUCUGAUGCAAAGUAGAAGCGUCUUCAUCUCUUUGAUUGGGCAGAUCCAGGUUUACACACUCAACAACAGUGCAGGAUAUUAUUUAGUUGCGGCAAAGGUGCUGAACCCUACCUAUACCCACUCCUAAUCUUGCUGUUGCUUCUCUCUUACACACAACUUUCUCCCAGCUUAGUUUACUUUACUUCCAUUAUUGCAGCUAGCUUGAGAGAAAAUGGUGUGUGUGUGUGUGUGUGUGUACUGCAGAUGGGUUAAAACAUGAAGCAAGAGAUGGGAAAGCAGACAGACCCAGAUUUAAACAACACCUAGUGAUGAGAAAAAAGAGGAUAUGAUUUUCUCAGUCAAAAUAUCUACAUAAGUAAUAGCAUUGAAGAAUAUCAAAUGUUCACCCGUGCAUGUGAAUGUUUUAUGUAAUGUUCUUAAUCAGCCUUUUUUCUCUUUGAAAUAGGUCAGCUUAUUAAAGAGAGAAGAUUUGUAGAAACUUCUGGAAUAAAAGAACACCAAUAUGAAGCGGGGGACAUACCCACAGAAUGGGAAGGUAAUACAUUUUUGAGACAGCUAAAGUAAUGUAUGAUAAAGUGACUUGUAAUUCUCCCAGGCUGAAUUGAAAGGACACAACAGAGCAUCUAAGCCUAGCCCUUGCCUUAAGAUUUCUUAAGAUGGUCAAAUUUUGUUUCCACUUGACACCCAUGAUUCUGGCUUGUCCAGUUAUUACUUCUCCCUUAGUCCUUUGUGGCAGGUGGAAGAACCACUGAAAAGGCUAUUGCAGCAGACUGGUAUAUCUUGACGUACCAUCUCUGAAUUUUCUGUCUAACCUCAAACACAAUGGGCGAGAUCCAGUGUUGCACAAGCAGAUGCAAUGGAAUUUCUCUUCCUCCCUUCCCCGCUGCCACUCAUCUGUCCCAGAGGCUCCCCCAAGCCUCCAGAGCAGAUUUUGGGAGCACAUGAAGACCUGCAGAGAGGAGGAGAAGCAAACAAACAUUCUGCUUGUGGAAGUGGAAGUACUGUACAUUAUGCAGGUGGGAUGCCACCUAAUUUUCCUCUCUUUGAAUUCUGAAAGUAUGGCUCUUAAGCAGGGAAAGUAAAAAGUACAUAUGCUUAAAAUGCAUCAUAUGAUUUAACAUCAAGUGGCGCUGUGGGUUAAACCACAGAGCCUAGGACUUGCCAAUCAGAAGGUUGGCGGUUCGAAUCCCCGCGACGGGGUGAGCUCCCGUUGCUCGGUCCCUGCUCCUGCCAACCUAGCAGUUCGAAAGCAUGUCAAAGUGCAAAUAGAUAAAUAGGUACUGCUCCAGCGGGAAGGUAAACGGCAUUUCCGUGCACUGCUCUGGUUUGCCAGAAGCGGCUCAGUCAUGCUGGCCACAUGACCCGGAAGCUGUACGCCAGCUCCCUCGGCCAAUAAAGCGAGAUGAGCGCCGCAACCCCAGAGUUGGCCAUGACUGGACCUAAUGGUCAGGGGUCCCUUUACCUUUACCUUUUAGGAUAAAAACAAUGCACAACUCUAUAAUUAGGGAUUGAGAAAAUGGCCUUGUUUUACGUGGCCAUGGAUAAGAAAAGAAGACACAAUGCAAAAUGCCUUUUUCCUAUGGCUUUCUGAAGCAUAGGAUACAUUUGCAAAUCUGGGCAGUUUAUUUGGCUUUCCAGCACAGAAAAUAAACCAUGUGUGGCAAGGCAUACUUUUAUUAGCAGCAUUUGCAUUUUUAACACAACACUUGCUCAUGCUUAUAAUUACCAUAACAUUUUUUCCCCUUUGUGAUUAUAGUGGCAUUGAGUUGGAAGGAUUUGUGAAGAGAAGGGAAAUAAAAAGUGUUAUGAAUAGGCAAUGGUCUCUUUCUCUCUUUAAGCACAGUUCCUUUCAGGGGAUGGGAAGAAAAUGUUCAGACUGCUUUGUUUCCCCAUCCAUUAUUUGGGCAGAGGAGGUGUGCAGUGUAUUCUUGUUUAUGACAGAGCAGAGAAAAAUGUAGGUGCUUAAAUGCAAAGAACAACAUUAACUGGAUUUUUCCAGUUAACAUGUUAACUGCUGAAAUCUUCUGUUUGGAAAUGGUGGGAGGAAAUGAGAAUCAUAUUCUCCCUCUUUUUUAUCUGGGGCUGUUUCUGUAAUAGGAGAAAGAAGUAGGUUUUAAUAAUACUGUACUGCGAUUGAUAUAACUUUUUUUAAAUGUUCAGAGCAUUUCCCCUACAUUAUCUCAGUGCUUAUAACAAUACUAGAUAGUGAAAAUUGUUGCUCAUCAUUAAGGCCUCCCCUGUGGGAUUUCAUAUUUUUCCAGUUCUGUAAAACAUGAACAAGAUUGCACAGAUUUGGAAGGAGGUGAUGGGUGGGGUGCCCUUGCAGAUAGUUUAUGGGAUUAUAACUACAUUGGUACCUUGGGUUACAGACGCUUCAGGUUACAGACGCCGCUAACUCAGAAAUAGUACCUCGGGUUAAGAACUUUGCUUCAGGAUAAGAACAGAAAUCGUGCUCCAGCGGCGCAGCAGCAGCAGGAGGCCCCAUUAGCUAAAGUGGUGCUUCAGGUUAAGAACAGUUUCAGGUUAAGAACGGACCUCCGGAACGAAUUAAGUUCUUAACCUGAGGUACCACUGUAAAUGUAUGGCUCACUUCUUUAUCAGAAUGAGCUUCCAGUACACCCCUCUCCCCCAGUUUUCUAUACAGUGGUGCCCCGCAAGACGAAUGCCUCGCAAGACGGAAAACCCGCUAGAUGAAAGGGUUUUCCGUUUUGGAGGUGCUUCGCAAAACGAAUUUCCUAUGUGCUUGCUUCGCAAGACGAAAAUGUCUUGCGAGUUCCUGCGGGUUUUUUUCCUUUCCCCCCCCUUUUUCCCAAGCCGCUAAACCGCUUAUCAGCUGAUGGCUAAGCCGCUUAUCAGCUGAUCUUUAAGCCGCUUAACAGCUGAUGGCUAAGCCGCUUAACAGCUGAUGGCUAAGCCGCUUAUCAGCUGAUCUUUAAGCCGCUUAACAGCUGAUGCUAAGCCGCUUAUCAGCUGAUCUUUAAGCCGCUUAACAGCUGAUGCUAAGCCGCUUAUCAGCUGAUCAUUAAGCCGCUUAUCAGCUGAUCUUUAAGCCGGCUAAGCCGCUAAUACUGUAGCCCUAAGCCGCUAAACCUCUAAUGGGCUUGCUUCGCAAGACGAAAAAACCCGCAAGACGAAGAGACUCGCGGAACGGAUUCUUUUCGUCUUGCGAGGCACCACCGUAGUCUGUUUUCUUCAGGCUUGCUUUGACCAGCAAACCUUGAAACACAGUAUCAUUUGAUCCAAUUUCCCUUUCCUUCGUUUUCAUUGUGAUUGCUCAUAGGAACCAGGAAUGCAUUUUGACAAUAAUAUAUCUAUGCCACUGGUACACAGAAGAGUAUUCUUGGUGGAUGUCCUUCGACUGGAAUUCCUCAAGGAUUGAAGCUUGUUCUGAAGACAGGGUUUUUAGACUUUUGGGAUGUCCAGGAGUUGAAGUCAGCAUGUCAUUUGUUUAAGUGGACAGUUUUUUGUGGGGGUUUCUCCCUCUGUUCUAAGAAUCUGGGAUGUGAACAGCACACAUUCCCCCCCCCAAUACUCCCAACAAUCCUGAGAGGUACAAUUAGGCUAAGUGUGUAUGAUUUUCUCCAUGAACACAAAACAUAAGCUUCAUGGCAGACCAAGCGUUUGAACAUGAGUGUCCCAUGUCCAAACCAACAAUAUGACAACCAUGGUUUGAGGAAAUACAUGAAUGAGUCCCCGAUUAGCAUGGAUAACAUGUGUAAAUAACAACUUUCCUUGCUCUGUCAGGGUUCCCUUUCAAGAAAGGAAGCAAUGUGCCUUUUGCCAAAGGCAUUAUCUUGUGGAUGCAGGCUGUCAAUAACCUUUUUAUCAUUUUUAUUCUAAAUUGUCACUUACUGUAUCUAGUAACUUACCUUCUUCAUACAUGUCACUGGUCCUCAUGAAAAGGUAUCUGUCAUUUUCUGUGUCGAGAUUUAGGAGUUUGUGUGCCUCAUGCUGCAUUUUACAGCCUGUCUAUUCUAGUCCUUCUCUCUCUCUCUUUUUAAUGGGUACCAUUUAGUGAUUAAUGGGAGUUUUAAUUUGCAUGCUCACUUUUACGCUCAUUACAAUGCGUUAUAUGCCAGUAGAAGCCUUAAAGUUCAAUGAAAAUCUCAUGCAUACUAAUGAGAAUGCAAAUGAGUGCUGAUGAAAGAAUGCCAAGGUCUCAAGGUAUGAAAUAUCCAGUUUAUCUUGCUAAAUUCCUUUCAGACAAAUGUAGCGUUAUCACAAGCACAGACUGUGGAUAGUACCAUACCUUAUUUAUAUAAUUAAUUACAACUAUGUAAUUAGAAAAUUGGAAUUGCAGUCAGUGGAUUUACAAAAGGUUUAAUGAGAACUUUGUAGAAUUGGACUUCAUCUGUGUGUCUCACUCUCUGUGUGUUUUCUUUGCCUUUUAUACUGUUCCAAAUAGAAGCUAUUUUGGCUAAGACUGAAUGAAAGCAUUCUGGUUUAUGUAAAUGUUUUUCUAGAAGUUGAUUGCACUGGAUGCAUUUUCAAGCUGAAAGGGCAAAGAACAAUUCUAAUAAUUGCAAAGAUUUUGUCUGCUUACAUGUCAACAAUGAUUUUUCUAAGCUGCAAUGGAGGUUUUACUGUCCUGCACAUAUAGAAGAGGUUUGGUGAAAGUAAAGGAAAAGUAUGGGGGAAUGGAUGCUAAGCAAUAAUAAAGAUGAGAUAAAGAAUUUAUGGAUUUGAAGAAGCUGUAUUUUUGAACAAUAUUAAGGAAAACAUUGUUAUUGGCUGGAUUUAAGCUUCUUGUAAACAUCCUCUGUUCAACUCUGUAGAGACUAUACGUUGUGUAAAAUAAAUAAUAUUGGAAAUGCCUGUCGUAAGGAGCCAUUCCCAAAAUGAAAAUAAGAGUAAAAUCACAUUAACUACAUUUUGUUCUGACUCAAAGCUUAGUAUGUAGGUGAGAAUAUUAGCGAAAUCAACAAUAAAAAAAUGCACUCCCUUUAACCCUUUGGUUUUGUGAUUAGUAUUACUGCUUCUUUUUCAUUCUCAUUUUAUGAUGAUAAUGCUCAACCUCAUUGCCACUUUACUAAUAGAAAGACAAUUGGUAAGAACAAGAGAGAGGGUUUUUUAAGCUGCAAUAUCUAUUUUGUGUUUUGAUUUUGGCUCAUUAACCAAGAUGGUUUCAUGUUCUGGUAUGUAAUGUGAUUUUAAACCACAGUUGACAGUACUGAAACAACUGCAAACACAUUUGAAGACACCAUGAUAGUUGAGGUUAGGGAGAGGUAUAUGGGCCUAACUCUUAAUAAACUAGGGUUAGGAAUUAUGCUGAACUGGCACAGAUCCUGUUUUUUGCUUUGUGCAGAUAAUGAUUUUAUUAUACUGUUCCUUAGUGCUGUUUUAUUUUGUUGUUGCUGGUGGUAGUUUUAAUACUGUGUUUUAAUUUAUUGAUAUAUGUUUUAAUUUUGAAAGUAAGGUAUUGAAAGGAUAGAUAUAAAUGUUGGAAUAAAAUUACAGCUUGACUGUAAGCAGGUUCAUGUUUAAUUAAUUAUAUUUUCUUUUACAUCCAAUUCUGGUCACUACAUUUCUGAAAUACAUAAAUAAACUGAGAAGGAGUUAGAGGAGGACAGCAACAAAGGGAGGAAAGUGUUUGAGAAGGAACAUUGGUCUAGAAGCAUCAUCAGCAUUGUUUGGCUGUGCAUAAACUAAUUACAGUUAUUGCUGUCGCUAUAACGUUAGUAAUAACUAUGAUCAGCAAAGCAAAGACAGCUAUAUCAGUGGUAUACCAAAUUCUGAGAAGGCAAAGGACUCCCUUUCCAUUCUUCUGAGGAUAGAAUCAGACUUUCCAAAAUAAUCUUUAAAAGAUAGGGAUAAGGUCCACCGCUUUCUAGCAGAUUUACUCUUCUGCCUUGAGUAGGGAAGACAGGUUAUGUAUGGCAGAAACAACUUGUCAUUCCCCCCCCCCUUCGGUUAUCAGCAAUAAGGAGAUUUGUCCACCUCAUUUCUUUGCCACAAUUAGAGUUUGGGCCUCAUCUUGGAAGCAGUGGCGGAGCUUCAUGCUCCAGCACUGGGGGGCAGAGAGCAGACAGGGCGGGGCUGGACUGGUGCGCAUCCUGGGGGCGUGGUAUGCUGCCCACAGGGGCAUGGCACACUUCCUGGGGGUGUGGCACGCCCCCUGCGGAGGCGGGGCUCCCAGUGCGGGCAGCUGCGAUGGCACCCCACCGGGAUUGCGCUGCCGGGGGCGGUGCGCUCCCCCCGCACUCCUCUUCCUCCGCCAGUGCUUGGAAGCAGAAUUUGUAUUACUUUUUACCUUACUCCUGCUGUCAGUCAGAGGAGCCUCAGUGGGUUAUAUCCAAUGCUAAUCAUACUGAGAAUAAACCCAUUGAAAUUCAUGGACAUGACUAACUUGGGGUCAUUAAUUUCAGUGGAUCUAUUCUGAGUAAAACUUAGUUGGGUACGACCUACUUGGCUGUAUUCAACAAAGUCAUCCUGUUAGUACAAGGACUUCCACCCACGCAAUGAGGCUUCCUCUUCCUUUUCCUUUCCUUUUCCCCCAUGCCUCCUCUCCAAAUCUGUACUGGGGUUUUCCCCAGCCUUCCAGAGAAGACUGGGGGAGGGCACAUGAGGACAGGGAGGAGAAAUCCUGUAGCGCAGGUGGAAGUCCUUGAGCUAAUGAGACAACUUCCUUGGAUACAAUACAAUAUAUAUGUGCUUACUGACUUUUUACUCAUUGGCAAUACAACAGGCACAUGUAAUGCCACCCCCGCUCUUCCAGUGUUUCCCUUAUGACAUUUUCUAGGAAUGCAAGAGACAGUCUAAAUAGACAAACAUCUUACCUCACAUGUUCACCUGAUUAGCAGUUACCUGUCUCCUCCCCUUACUGUUGGCAGGAUGAUCUACACAUGACAGAGCUGGUUUGUUAUGAGAGAGCUUGUCCAGGAGCUGAAUGGACUUAAAGAAGGCCAGAGUUAAAGUUCCUGCAGUUUUAAGUCAGAAAUUAGGGGGGAAAUGUUUUGUUAUUACGUGUAGCCUUCCUCCAAGGAGCUAAUGGGGGUGUACAGAGUUCUUCUUUUCUAUGUUUUCCUCACAAGCAACCUUGUAAGGUAGGUUAGGCUGAAGGAUAGUGAUUGGCUUAAGAUCAACUAGUGAGUUUUGUGGUUGAGUUUGGAUUUGAACUUGGGUCACCUCAGUCGUAGUGUUAUAUUCUAACCAUUAUGCCAGGCUAGGUGUCAAGAAUCUUGCUUUAGGAAUUAUUGGAGAAAAGCACAAGCUGGCCUGGGAGACAAAUGUGAGAAAUUGUUAGGGAUGACUCAGUGGAUUGAGCUUUUAUGCAUUGCUGCUUUCUGGUGGCAAAUCAUUUGGCAUUCUGAAAACUUCAGUUUCAGUUCUUGCAGAACCAGUUCCUAAACCUUCUGUGUGUGGAAGUGCAUUUCAUGUGUUUAGUGGUGUCAGGGGAAGGUUUAGAAAGUGGAAACUCAAGUGCUUGUGGAAUGGGGACGUCCUGUUCUGUGGGUGCCAUGCCUAAUUUUCUAGCAUUCUUGAUGACAGCUAUUUUCUGCUGCUCUGACUGCAAGAGCCAUCUAGCACCAAUCUCCAUGUCCUUCCGUAGUCCAUUUGCCUUCUGGCAUUCAAGUCCUUAAUUUAAGUGGCCAUCAGAUACGUAAUCUGUACUAUUGGUACAAUUAUGAGCAGUUUUUUAAAAAAAUGUUUGACCUCUGUUUUAAUAUUUUUUUGCAGCUUGGAUUAGGAAAAAAAGAAAAGAUCCACCCACAUUUGAGGUAAGAGAGACUACAUUGCAUCUAGGUGAAACUACUGAUUAUUUUAUUUGCCUAAUGACUUCAGUCAGAAAGCAGUUCUUUGUGCACAAAUACAAGAUGGGGGACACAUGGCUUGCCAGUGAUACAUGUGAAAUGGAUCUUGGGUUUCCCUGGACUUCUAUUCUGAAGUCUCACUUGUGUUGCACCAUGGUAUCAUUCUCACAUCAUACCAAUGCACAACAAUGCACUAUGUGCUGUUUGGGGUGUAUGAAACACUGCCUUUUAGGCCUCUAGGUCCUGUCUGUUCUCUCUCACCUUUCUGUCUCUGCCUUGGAGCUCUCCUUGCCUGUGAGGGCUCUAUACUUCACCUGUUUUGUUUGUAUUUUUAUAGUUAUUAUAUUGUUGAAAGCUUUAAUAAAAAUAGAAGAAGUAGUAGUUGUUGUCUGAAAUGGAGCUCUCCUGGCCAGUGUGACAAACCUUAGGAAGAGAGGGAAUCUAUAAAAAUGGCUGCAAGGAAUCCAUGUGGGAGGAUUGUUCAAAGAGUUUGUAGCUCCAGUGUAGUGUUCAUAAUUGAAAGUGGCUUUAGUCAAGAAUUGUUCUGAAUCAGUGUACAGACCCUGUACCUCUCUGCUUAAAGUUAGCUACUGACUGCAGCAGUAUUGAUAGAACUUUCAAGCAAAGGAAAUUUUUAGACAUAAUUUCUAGAUUCUAGAACGUCCAGAUUUUAUUCCUAGUAUUUGCCCCACUCAUACAUUUGCCUUUCAUAAAGCAUUUUUUGUGUGAUUCCAAGCAGUUAUUUGGUUCCUCAUCUCCAAACUAUAUCAAUAUAUUAUUACUGUUUCCACUAAUGAGUAAGUCUGUAAGCCUACCUGAAAGUUAUUUUUAUUUAUUACAUUUUUGUACCACCCUUCUUCCAAGGAUCACAGGAUGGUUUACAGUAUAAAAGCACAAUACUUAACAUAGUAACAAACAAAAAUAAUACAACCCACCCCAGCCACACACAAUUUAAAAGGCCAUAGAUUGUUUAAUUAGCCAAAGGCCUGGGAGAAGAGGAACGUUUUUACCUGGCAUCUGAACAAAGGUGCCAGACAAGCCUCCUUGGGGAGAGCAUUCCCCAAAUGGGGAGCCACUGCAGAAAAGGCCCUUUCUUGUGUUGCAACCCUCUGGGCCUUGUGGAGGAGGCACAUGAGAAGGGCCUCGGGUGAUGAUUGCAGAAUCCAGGUCGGUUCACAUGGGGAGAGGUGGUCUUUAUGGUAUCACAAUCAUGAGUCAUUUAAGGCUUUAUUGGUCAGAACCAGCACUUUGAAUUGGGCCCAGAAACUAAUCAGCAGCCGGUGUUGUCUGGUUAGGAUUGGUGUUCUAUGCUCAAACCACCUUGUCCCAGCAAGCAGCCCAACCUGGCUGCUGAUUUGGAGUAUAGAAGUGGUGGGCAAGCUAAGAGUUAAGCACCCCAUCUGCUUCAAAUCUUCCUUCAGUGGUUUGUUUGCGAGUGUUUUUGUUGCAAGAGUUCAUGUGUAGCAUUUAGCUGAGCCCUUGUUCUCCAUCUCCCCUUACAGAAAUGCUAGAACCUGGGAUCAUCCAGUGAAGUUGUAUAUUGGGAGAUAAUAGAACAAACAAAAUAAAGUACUUCUUUACACAGUACAUAGUUAAACUAUGCAAUUUGCUAGCAUAAAAUAUAGUGAUGGCUACCAAUUUGGAUGGCUUUUAAAUGGGAUGAGACAAUUUCAUGAAGUAUACUAUGAUGGCUAUAUUGCCUCUAGUUGCUGAGGACCUUGAGCAGGAGAAUUCUGCUUGGGAGCAGAAUUUCCAUAUUCCUCUGGCUGGCUACUGUGAGAACACAAUGCUGGAGCAGAUAGGUCUUUCGGCUGAUCCAGCAAGGCUCUUCUAAUGUACUCUGAUGUUUUCAUUGGAAUAACCUGAAUGCCAUCUGGUGAGUUAAACUUAAGUUUAAAAAAAGCUGUUCUGCUUCUUUAAGGCUGGAGAUAGUGGGCUGUUGUUUUUUAUUUUUUUUAAAGCAAACUCUAAGUUGCAUUUUAAUGUGAAAUUGAAUUCAUUUGUAAGUUCCUUUAGCUACUGUGGGAAGUCUGAAAGUGGCUUGGAAUAGAAAAUACGGUAAAUAACUGCUUUUCAUUUCUAAUGCACCGUGUGUUUGCUAUGCAGUAAUAAAAACUAAAUGGCUUCUGAAUUGCACAGUUGGAUACAAGGUGAAAUGUUAAAAAGAAGAAACUUUUUGUGACAGCUCCUGUCUUCUUUCAAACUAUUUCUAGCAUUUCCAUAAUUAUCUGUUUUGACAGCCUCCUUGUCAAGGGAGGAAAAUGUACUCCAGUGAGUAGUAAUAAGCAUAAAGUUUAAAUUAUUAUUCUCUCCCCCCCCAGAAGAGAAUAAUUAUAUUGGAAAUUACAUUAUGUUUAGUUACUGCAGUGCAUACCCGCCUUCCUUAUUUGAUCAUAAGAAUAUUAUUUAUUUCAGAAGAGGCAUGAUGAAAACUAACUUCAAUCAUGGAGGUUCAUUUUCAUAGAAUUCCUAUUCGCCAUCACCAACCUGAGAUGUGAUUUAGAAGUAGUUUUGCUAGAUGACAGUAGGAGCACAGACUAGAUUUUUGAUUGUCUUGCUUUUAAAUUCAGUCAAGCUUAGGGGAUAGACUGUAUCAUUUAGUUUGAUUGACUGAUUAGACUAAUCAAUUAAAAGCCUCUUGGUUGAUGAAAACAUUGUUCCUGAUUGAUCAAGCGGCAGAUUUUUUGAAAAUAUGUAUAUUCUUAUUUUCAAUAUAAGGACAUUCUAAAACUGCAUUUGAGAAAUGCCUUCUUGGAAGAGACAUUCACACAGGAAAAAAUGCUUUUUCUAAAAUGGUGGCUAAUAUAAGCAUGUCCAUAGAUCAUCCAAACUAUAUGUUCUACAUGAGAAUGUAUGAUUUUCCCAUUUUUAAAAUGCAGGUCUACCAUGCCCACCUCACCCCAUUGUAUGUAAAUGUCUCUCUGCCACCUUGGAAACCCAGCUGUGUCCAGGGGGGCAGAAAGGUUCUACCAGCAAUUCUGCUGGCAAUAAUACAUGGAAAGCCCUAAAGGGGCAUUGGGGUGGGGUGCCGGGGGCUUUGGAUCUCCAGCCCCAUGGAUCCCCAGAGGCAGACACACUUAAUGUUCAGAAACAGAGCACAUAUGAGCACAUGUUCAGCCUGAGUUUGUUUUUAGUGCCAGAACUAAGUUCACGCUCCUCGCAUACAAAAAUCUACCCCUGGAUUUCCAGUCCCUGGUUUUCUUGAUUUCAUCUGGGUUUUUUGGGUGGGGCGGACUGCUGUUGUGUUACACUGUGUGUCAUAAACCCACAUGCAUGUCCAAGCACUCACAUAUAAUCAUACACACCAAUGAGAGGUUUGGGAUCUUUUGUUGGGAUUAUGACGUGUGCAUGUUAUGAAUAUGUAAUAACUGUUAACCAUAUACCCACAAGAAUUUCGCACACCAAAGAAAUAAAGAAAGCUUGGUUUAUUAUAUGAAACAGAGGUGACAGACUAUAUAAAUGCUACUUCAGAUAGCAAAUUACAACUUAAGCAGGCAGCAACUCAGACAAUACAUACACGCCUUGAUCUAAAGAGUAACAAAGAUAACCUAAUGGUCUUAACCUAACAAUGUAGUCCAGGGAGGAAGUACAUAACAUCAUCUCUUUUUUUUAGAAAUUUCUGCCAGAGCAUUAAGGAAGUGACCUCAUACAAUUCCUUCUGUAUUGAUUCAGUAACUCUCUGAGUGCCAGCCCCUCAAUAUGCUUGUCUGGCAAUCAUGCAUUUGUGAUUUUGCCUGGAAAUCCCACAUAGAUAAAAUGAAAUAAAAUGUCAUCUGGGGGUUUGUUUGGAUAUGCACUGUUUCUCUGUAGCUAUCUGGUCAGUGUCACCUCUCCCUCACUCCCUCCUCCUCUCCAUAGUCCAAAUGUUACUGCAAAUAUCUGUAUUCCUUAAGGGCCUGACCUUUCUAUUCUAGAAAAAUUAGUAAGUUAAUUGAAGUCAAUUGAAUUGUUUUCAACCAGCAUUAGUUACACAGUUAGGUUUAUUACAUUGUGAUAAUGGAGAUUCAUUACUCUGCAAUCUCAAUUUCAUUUUGAUAUGGGAAUUUGGUUUUCUUUGGAGCUUAUAUUUGGCAAAGAGUCAUUUGAUUAUCUGUAGUCAUUUCCCCCCUCACUUUGUCUAGGUUCUUGUGAAAUUAUGUUAUAUACUUGUUCUGUUUACAACCCCCUUUCCUUUUUCUGUCUCAGAAAAUUACUGAACUGGUGUGAAGUCAGCAUAUUUACACUAUUCUUUUGGUAGUGUUACAGUAAAUAUUAUCAUUAUGCACCAGUUUUUUUAUUAAUCUGUUUGUAAUAUUGCAGGCACUUUGCAACAGUGCAUAUAUUAUGAAGUCUUGGCUUGAAGUUGCAUGAUGGAGUUAUUUUGCUGAAUCGAAGCAGAUGUAGAGUGUCUGUAGAGGGGACUGUCUUGAGACUUGGUUAUCCCUAAGAAUGGGAGCUGUAGCCCAAGAGUUCUUUGGUUCAAAUCUUGCAGUACCCAUGAUCUCAAGUAAAUGGUUCUAAGCAAGUGAUUGUUGCUUCAGCCUGUUCCCUUCUCCCACCCCAUCCCCCCAAAAAUGUGUACGUGUGGUACUGCUAAUACUAGAUUGUGACAAAUUUUGCAAGUUGAAACCCUUGAAAAUACCAGUGCUAAAGCACUUCCCCCUUAUGCAAACACUUGAUACCAUCCUUGUCUGUGAUGCCUCAGACUGAAUGGAGGGAGCAUUCCCUACCUCACAGAGAAACUUGGAUGUCUGGACUAAUUUGGGGUGGAAAGCAUAAUAAAAAAGCACUGUAUUUAUUUUUGACGUCCUGAUAAUUAAGUGGGUCCAGUAGAAUUAAAUAUCUUCAGCACUGUGAUCAAUAUGAAGCCACAUUUUACAAUACUAUGUGCUAUUUCCCAUUGGCAUGCAUCCAGAAAGUGCACUUUUUAUAUAUAGAUAAAUGUAUCACUUAAUUUCUAGAAUACACACUACUUAUGUUGCCAAACCCUUUGGUGCUUUAGAUACCUUCAUAUCUUUACUGACUUCAUCUCAGCAUGAUGCCAAGGGGACCUGCUGAAGUCGAUUAACCAGAUCAUUAGCAAUUAAUCCCCCUCUGUUCCAGUGGGACCAUUAUCACUGCCUUGUGCUAAGCUUUUACAUCUGUUCUCUAUGUUGAAAUAUCUAAACUCUACUGAAGUCCAUUUGGUUCUUUCUAGAUUAUUGACCUAGCAUAGAAAUCAAAUUGCAGAGAAGAUAUUGACGAUAUGCUGCACACAUUUUAUAUUUCUUAUAGUUUAUAUGGUCAUGAAACCCAGUCAGUAUAAUUUUAACUUCCUCUUAAUAAUUUUUGCAAAUUUGUUUGAUUUUAAUUAUUGGGUGUGAAUACACAUGAACCACAUUUAUGUGAAACAAUCAUACAAAAAAAGAAAGAUACUUUUAAAAAAGAAGUUGUGUUGUGUUUCAUUUAUGUAAAGGAUUGCCUGCAAACCCAGUGUUGUUCAGUGUUAGUAGCUUAUCUCAUGAAUUUUCAUUUUGUUUGAUAGGGCUUUUAUCCAUUGUGAGAGAUUGAUAUUGAAAAAUCAUUUUGAUAUGUAUAUAAAUAUUAGAAUUAAAAUAUACUUUCAGACUCAUUCAAUUAAAACAGUGAAAUUAUUCCAGCAAAUGGAUUUUGACUUCUGCCUUAAAAAUUACUUUGUUUAAAUCAUUGCCUUGUGAGACAUUCACCUGUUUCUUUGUCACUUAAAUGCAUUAUUGCAUUUUUCACAGGAAAUUCUUAAGAAUGUGGAUUAUAAAGAAGAAAUAAAGAAGAAGAUUGAAGAUAUUUAUGAAAAGGAGAGACUCCUGCAGGCGAAAGAGUACGAAGAGGGGCCUGUAGCAGAACCACUUCAAACUCAGAUUAAAGGCCAUGCAUCUGCCCCUCAGUUUGGAAAGAAUGAGCCAUCAGAAGAUCCAGUCAGCACAGCGAAGACUUUUCAGCCUGGAUCCUGGAUGCCCCCCAAGGACAGUAUCCGUAAUAAGUAAGGGGCCCAUUGCCAAAGCAUCAGAAAUUAGAUGAAUAAUUAUGUUAAUAAGCAAAAGGGCAGAAUGUUACUUUCUUGAUUAUUGUUGAACUGUGAUAUUAUGCACACAGUAAAUAUAUACACUUGAAAAUUCAGCAGCGUUUUUAGAAAUGAUAGCUCCGAUUCCAAACACUGCAGCUUCCUUACAUUACUAGUGGUAUUGAUUUCAUGGAAAUAGACAAAGCUACUGGUAUUAAGUUGUAAAACCAGAUUAAAUCUUUACCUUCUACAAUUCAUUCUGAGACAUUUUCCAUUCAUUUCAGGUUUAAAUUAAGAAACAUUAGUGCUGUUAUAUCACUUAAACUGAUGUCAGUACUUUCAAAUUAUUUACUAAUCUUAUGCAAGAUUUCCAUGUGCGUUUGUUCUAUUGGCUCACAAGUGGUGAACCCUUAAUGUGUUAACUCCUGUAAGCUUUUACUUAGGCUAAACAUGAGCUGCAGUCUCACAUGAGUUCACAGCUUCUCAUAUGCUAAAAUAAUAUGCACAAGUAGCAAAUUUUAUUUUCAUGAAAGUAAACCAAAGAUUUAUGUUUUAGAAUCAAACAGUGUUGCUUUGUCCAUCAUGUUUCUACUUAAUAAUGUGGCCAAGUGCAAUGUGAUAGACCCGGUGCAAAAUAAUAAUUCGCGUGCUUUUCAGAUAACAUAUAUAAGCCUACCCUGCAAUUUAGAUGCUCAUUGUUAAGAAACUUCAAUAGGUUCACAGAUUAACAAAGCCAAUUUUAAAGUAUCAUUUAUUUAAAGUAGGUUAAUGUUGUUGCAUUAUUUAACUGUGCCAAGAGCAAUAUGUAAUAUUUACAACAUGGGCAUAGCCUAAACCAUUUGGGGGGGGGAACCAUACGCAAUUCUGUGAGGCUGUGUUUCUAAUGCAUUUACUAGAUGAAGCUUUAGGUUUCCUAAUCUUAUCAGUCCUUACACUGGGAAAGGGCUAUAGCUCAGUGGUAGGGCACCUGCCUUUCAUGCAGAAGGUUCCAGGUAGGGCUGGGAACGUCCCCUUUCCAAAACCGUAACACAGCACUGUACUGAGCUAGAUAGGCCAAUGGUUUGACUCCGUAUAAAGCAGUUUCCUAUGUAUACCAGCAAACCAUUGCUCAAGAUAAGGGACAAUGGUCACUUGUUACCAAUGCAGUAUAACAAACUCAGGGCAAAAUACUAUCAACUGAUGCCAAUCCAGGAUCUUAUCACUGUGCAAUAGGCCAGCGCUCUUCACUUUUCUUUUGACAGUUGUGAUAUAAUACAAAAGGUGUCGUGGCACUGAGGAAGUACUGGGUGUAAGUUAUUACAGAAACCAGUUUUUCAAUAGCUGUGGUAUUAUAUUGCCUAGGAGGAACAGAUACUGUGGGGCACCUUCACUGGCCAAUAGGAUUGAUGCUUUAAAUAAGAACCAAGAACUAAGUUUAGUUAGGAGGUACACCAGAUUCUGUCUAAAUGUUGAUUAGGACUCAGAGUGCUCUCCAAUGUACAUUAGGUGCUUAAAUAUAGCAGCAUUGUAUGUGUCUACCACAUUCCCCAAUACAUAAUUAUUCUUUGUGUAAAAAGAAUGAAGCUGCACCUAAUAAUCCUAUGUGUUCACAUCCCACUUCCACAUCACAUUUCCAUGGUCAGUCAUUAUUCCCAAUUAUUGGUCAUAUUUCACGUCGUCCCCCCCCCUCAAAAAAAGUAGGUACCCAGUAAACACCACUGCCUUUUACACUAAAGAAAAAGGGCAGACAUACACUUCUGUAAGAAUGUUAAUUAUCAGGUAAGAUUCCAUAGUCAAGGUAGUACAAGUUCCAACAAAUGAAUUGAUCACUGCAAGAUGAAAAUACUGACUUUUACAAUGAAAUCAGGAGAGUCUGGUAUAUAGAAAUAAGUCACAGUAGAAAGAAGCUAUCCU